UGUUUGCAGUGCAUGAAAUCGUAUGUAGAGUUCGAGGUGGCCGAAGGAGCGUACGAUAUUUCGUGUCCGGAUGCCCAGUGUCCUUCCCAAGGAGUGCUCCAACAAGAUGAGAUUAAAAGACUGGCCGGCAACGAGCUUCUGGAGAAACACCUGAAAUACAGACUUAACCGAGAGGUUGAAAUUGACAAGAGCCGGAUGUGGUGUCCGCGCGCCGGCUGCGAAACCGUCUGCAAUCUGUGCCCAUCGAAACGGUGUCAGCCGCAGAGCGUGCAUUGUCCGACGUGCACCGUGAAUUUCUGCAGCAACUGUAAGCUGGAAUGGCACGCCGGACUCACGUGCGAAGAGUACAACAAGCAACUGGCCAAGCAAGGACGAGGCGAAGAAGCUGGUAUUCCUUUCGACUCCGACUUGAUCAAAUGCUGCCCCAUGUGCAAUGUUCCUAUUGAAAAAGACGAAGGCUGUGCUCAAAUGAUGUGCAAACGGUGCAAACACGUUUUCUGCUGGUACUGUCUUGCCAGCCUCGAUGAUGACUUCCUGCUAAGGCAUUACGACAAAGGUCCUUGCAAGAACAAGCUGGGUCAUUCGCGGGCGUCCGUGAUCUGGCACAGGACCCAGGUGAUCGGCAUAUUCGCCGGCUUCGGUAUUCUGCUGCUCGUCGCAUCGCCGCUCCUCCUGCUGGCCGCCCCCUGCAUCGUGUGCUGCAAAUGUCGCUUCUGCAACGCAGGCACCACCAAACUGGACAACGAAGAGGAACUGCCCGGCGAAGGUUCUUAAUAUACAGACCAGACACACAACCACCCAACCCACCUUUCCUGCUCCAUCCUUUCGACUUACCGGACACACCCUUCUAGCGUAGCUGCUGCGGCUUCUUUCGUAUUUAACAGAGAACGAGUAAUAAUCAUCAAUAAAUAAUCUAGUCUUCAAUAGUGGCUACGUACACGUAUAAUAUAAACAUAUAGAUAAUGUAUAGGUACUAUUGUACGUUGCAAAAAAACUUACGGAUUCUUGUUUUGGUUUGGUGCGCGAUUCGGUGGAGGAGGAAGAGAGAGAAGUGUGAUGACGAGAAGUGAUGAGUUUUGUGCAUAGACGGAAUCUGUGAUAGAACUGUGAUCGUUUCGCCGUCUGUGUCUUUACUCGAAACAACAGCAACAACAGAAUACACAUAUAUAGUAUACUAGUUGAAAUUCUCUUGUGAUUUAUCGAAAAAAAAAAAACAUACGUUGUUCUUAAGUUAAUGUUAAACAGAUUAUUUACUGCAGUUCUCUUCUUUUUUUUAACUAAUCCAUUCUGUUCGUGUCUAUAUCUUUUUUUUU